GAAAUGCACAUUUACACAACAGCUAAACAGCUGUCAACUAUCAACAAACCGACUGAAUUCUACAUUUUCCUUUCGUAAUAUAACCUCAAUGUUUUCUACUUAACGUAAUGAAUGUGUGUUAGAUCUCUUCUCAUUGGCUUUCAUCCUUGAUAAGUGGGUUAAAUUCGUGGGUAGAAUUAUUGUAAUUCUUGCUGAGUUUAGUCGAAAGCAUAAACUUUUGCAUAGCCUAUCUUAGAAACUGCUCAGAUGUCUGUCAUUGUACAAUACGUAUUGGUUCGGAGCGAUCUAAUAAAAACGCUGAACUGGCCCGUCGGAGCAGUAAUAGCUCAGGCUUGCCACGCUUGCACAGCCGUCAUACACAUGUUUUACAAUGAUUCCUCCACACAGCUUUACCUGCAGGACUUGAACAGUAUGCACAAGAUAAUUUUAGAGGUACCUGAUGAAGAAUCACUCAAGAAACUGUCUGAAAAAUUGGAUGAAAAUGCCAUUAGCCAUAAGCUGUGGAUUGAGCAGCCGGAGAACAUUGCAACUUGUUUAGCUGUGAAACCAUUUCCCAAAGAGGAAGUACAGAAAUAUUUCAAGAAUUUUAAACUAAUGAAAAGUUACAUUUGUAUAUUUAUUUCUCCCCAAUGCUCCAGUGCCUCCUGUCUUUCCACCUGUUGCAUAUUACAUGACAUAAAUCCUGUUUUUUAUGCUAAUGUUUUUAGGAAGAUUAGCUAACAGUUCUUAAUAUUA